AUGAAAACAAUAUGUGAAGAUUCGCUGCUGUAUUUCCCCUCAAACUCAGAAAUUGAGGACCUCCAUUCUACCUACAUCGCCAAUUGUGUCUUCAACAGUUUUCUGUCCUACAACGCCAUUACGUUGAACAUCGUAACAAUCCACGCAAUACGAAACACGGCGUCAAUGCCAAAGACUAUAAAAACAUUGCUCCUGAGUCUUGCUGUUUCCGAUGUUGGUAUCGGUGCACUAGUUCUGCCAUUUUAUAUUUCACUUCUGGUCGGCUGGUUACAACAUAAUUCUAGCUGUAGCAACAAUGAAGUGUUCCACAUCAUUCUGUACUUGUUUUCUGUGGCAUCGUUCUCUGGUGUUGUUGCUGUAAGUGUUGACAGGUUCUUGGCAAUUCAUCUUCAUCUCAGAUACCAGGAACUUGUGACUCACAAGCGAGUUGUUGCUCUAGUGAUCUCAAUAUGGCUGCUUAGUGUGCUUCUUUCUUUACCAAUGUUGUUUGUCUCACCCGAUAUUGUCUAUGUUAUUACUAUCAUUUCUGCAGUUGUCGGCCUGCUUGUUAUGACGGUGGCAUACGUCAGGAUUUAUUUAGCGGUACGACACCAUAAGAAUGAAAUGCAGGCUCUAACUCUUCAAGUACAACACUGUACACAGACCGUAUGUUCGAUUACCAGCCGCUUUUCGGGAGAGGAGACCGGACUCGAGAUAACGACAGAAAUCGAGCCUAUACAGACCAGCGAAAUGGCAAAUUUUGCCACUCUCGUCAAAUCUGCUUUUGGCACAUUUUACGUGUACCUUCUGUUUUUGUGUGGAAAUGCUGACAUAAAUGACAGCAUGGAAACAUAA